AUGGCACAAAAUAUGCCUGAUUGGUCUCAACUUCAACAUGAGUUGCUUGCUCUCAUAGCUAGGCGUCUGAAUCUGAUUGAAGAUUACUCCAUCUUCCGUACUGUCUGCAAAUCCUGGCACUCUGCAGCUACUAAGAACAAUUUUAACAGUGACCUGCCUAGAGUUCCAUGGCUGAUGUUAGCUGAAGAAGAGGAGGAGGAUGGUCGAAAAUUCUUCAGUCUCUGUAAUGGCAUGAUUCUGAAGAAGAGGAUCCCGAAAGCUAGUAGAAAACUAUGUAUGGAGUCUCUGGGUUGGCUUAUUACAGUCGGACAAGAUAAUGGUGAAGUUAGUCUAUUACAUCCCUUUUCCGGUGUUCAGAUCGAAUUGCCCCAUCAGAACUCUACCGCAGAUAACAAUGGACGUCGGAGCAGAAUCCCAUGUACCUUUUUUAAGAAAGCAGUUCUGUCAGCUAGUCCUUCUCAUGCAUCCGACUACAUUCUCAUGGUCAUUGAUUGA